GACCGUUGUUCAGCGCCUGCCAUUCACGACUGCGCACCUACGCCCUCUGCUCGGCCCUCCGAGUCUCCACAGCAGCAGAUUUCAUUUCUACGCAUUCUGCGCGACCCCACCCCGUCGCUGCCACGCUCUCCGAUGUGCUCAUAGCCCCCCGCUGCGGCACCACGCCUGUUCAUUCGCACCCACGUCCACGCCCGCACCCCCGCAGCCCUCGCUGUCUCCGCUGAGACAUGGCUUCCGCAGGCGAUUCCCGUCUCAAGCACGCGCCAGAAGCCUCGCCCGCGCCCGACCUGCCGCCAGCUGGCCAGCCGACAGACAAGGACGACGUCGACUCUUGUCGCAUAUGUCGCGGCGAGAGCACGCCCGAAGAGCCGCUGUUCUACCCGUGCAAGUGCAGCGGCAGCAUCAAAUACGUGCACCAGGAGUGUCUCAUGGAGUGGCUGUCCCACUCGCAGAAGAAAUACUGCGAGCUUUGCAAGACGUCGUUCCGCUUCACCAAGCUGUACCACCCCGGCAUGCCCAAAACCAUACCUACCUCCGUCUUCUUGCGCCGCGCCGCCGUCCACACACUUAAGCUGUUCAUGACAUGGUGUCGCGCUGUGCUGGUGGCCUCGGUCUGGCUGAUUGUGCUGCCCUGGUGCAUGCGCGUCGUCUGGCGGAGCCUCUUCUGGGUCGGCGAUGGUGGAUGGAACCGUGACGACUACAUCGAGCUGCGUACCCUGGCCAACGCGAGUGCAGCGCCUUCCAUCUACGACCUGGACGCCCUCCACAAAGCCCACACGGCCGCCAAAGCUGCCAACAGAACCGCCGAUGUCCCGAUUCCGAGCCUGCUGUUGCCAUUAUCACAGACCCUCAACGCGAGUGCUGGCGAGCCUACCGUCUGGACCUUCGCCAAACGCUUUCUAUGGGGUUUCGUGACUCCGCUGCACACGCUGGCACCUCCACCUGCCCUCAACAGGACCGAGCUGAACACGACGGCAGACCAUCUGGGCCCGCGGAACCCAUCGCUUCUUUCCGACGUCUCCUUCUUCAACUGGUUUCCUUCAAAAGCGGCGAAUGGAUUCUUGGUCGACGUGCUCGAAGGCCAGAUUAUUACGCUCGCUGUUGUUGUUGCAUUCAUUCUAAUAUUCCUCAUUCGCGAAUGGGUUGUCCAGCAGCAGCCUGUCAUCAACAUGGUCAUGCUGAACGGCAAUGCAGCCGCGGCGGCUGACCAAGCGCCGCAGAAUCAAGACGAAGAGGGCGAAGAGGAGGCUGCUGCGAGAGAAGAACAUGACCACGAGCUCGAGGCUGAAAAUCUGGAGGAUGAAACGGAUGCAGCAGAAGAUGAGGAGCCGGCGUCCCCUGUGCGACCAAAAAUUAGGGGACCGAGUUUUGAGUGCAGGGAGAAGCUAGAGAGUGAACUUCCCGAGGGUAGAGCCAUCCUAGAAACCUGGCAUGAAACAGGCAUCCCUCCAGAAGACAUGAUCAUACAAGCUUUCAAAGAUGGGUCCUUCGACCUGACCGAAGAAUGGUCUUACUUCCUCGAGGAGCUGCCUGGCAGAAUCCUAAGUAAGCUUGAUGCAGAGGCACUACGCCGGCGGGAAGAUUCGCGUGUUACCCGGGGUCGAGCUCUCCCUGAGCGCUCGAGCAGUCUUGCGUACAGCACUCACGAGACGCCUUCGUCGGCACGCACGGCAUCUGCAUCGCCGUCAAAGAGACCACCUCUGCCAGCUAGAGGUCGCACCUCUCUUGCUACCGACGUCAAACGGCGCUUGGAAGAAGAUGGUUCCUGGUCGUUUGCAAAUGUGCAAGAGCCGGGAGAUGAAAAUGUGCCGAAGCCCGCUCCUAGUAUCCCAAACUCAUGGGAUGAUGAAGUGCCGGACUCCACGCCGCCUGACCUAGAACAAGGUAGCGAGCAUAGCAGCGAAAGCUGGCAACAAGUCCCGGAUAUUGUGGUGGACAGUAGUGUCCAGGAGUCAUCACAGGAUAAAGGCAAAGGCAGAGUUGUCGACUAUGACACUAGCUCUCCCGCUGUGGCAGUGCCGGGGCCUUCAGUAUCCACACAAGGCGAGAAGAUGCCAGAGAGGACCACGAUAAAGGUCUGGCCAUCUACACAAAGCGAUGCAGCCGGGCCCUCUCGAGUUGGCGACGAGGCGUCAAACCUAUCGACGUGCGGUUCAGACUCUUACAGAGACACACUGGACACAGACGCUGAAGACUCUGCCGUUGAAGUUGCACCCCAAUCGACGCAGGAAGAGCACAACGAGACGGACGCUGAGCAAGAGCGUGAACCAGAGCCUGCUGCUGUUGUCGAUGUGCAGCCCCCACGCCGGCUUUUGGACCGUGUCCUGGAUUGGAUGUUCGAAGGCGUGGCACCCGGCGUGCACGCGGCAGAGGAUGGUGGUGAUGAUGCGCACAUUGUACGCAACAUAGCCGACGAGGCGCCAUUCGUGCCUUUCGCUGGAAACGAGCCGCGUGAAGCAGCCAACCCACCGAUCCAGGAUCCUGAAGUUGCAGCGGCAGCCGCGCAAGCUGGUAUUGAUGUCAACGACCAAGACGCCAUUGACGACGCUGAAGACCUCGAGGGUAUCCUCGAACUCAUUGGCAUGCAAGGCCCCCUUACCGGUCUGUUCCAGAAUGCCAUGUUCAGCGCUGUUCUGAUCUCUGCGACUCUUGCCUGCGCCGUCUGGCUACCUUACCUGUGGGGAAAGGUGGUCAUUUUGUUUAUGGGCAGUCCUGUUGCACUCUUCAUCAAGCUACCGUUGCAGAUCGCAGCGACCUUGGCAGACCUCCUUGUUGACAGCUUCGUUUUCCUGGCAGCCGGCUUCGUAUCCGGAAUGUUGGAAAUAUUCUUCUUGUUUGUUCGUCAGGCGAGUGGGGGUACUAUGGAACGUCCCUUUGAACUCGCGUUCAAUCAGUCAAAGACGAUAUCAAACAGCGCAGCAAGUCGUCUCUGGAACUUAGUCGAGACUUCCCCUCUGCUACCUCCACCGACCUCCUUUCGUUUGUCGGUUCACUCGCAUGAGGCUUUGCGAACGAUUCAAAACACCACAUCCUUCACAAUGAACCGGACCAGUAACAUGGUGACCGCAUUCCUAGAAGACGCCGCAAGCUCCUCGUCGCCUUCAUUUAUUGUGGCCACCGUUCGAUUGCUCUUCGAAACCAUCAAAGUGUCAUGCACGACGAUGUACGGUAGGGUCGCCUCACUCGCAUCAUGGCUCUUGGCUACGAAGUCGUACAAGGUGACAUUCGAUCUUGAUUUCGGCAGCGACAUCAACCCAGCUUCUGUAGCGGAUGCGCACUGGACGGCAACUGAUCGCUUGAUCGCGGUCCUGGCUGGCUAUGCCUUCCUCGCAUUGGCUGGUGCCAUCUAUCUCAAGAAGGGCGGUUUCUUCAGUACUUCGAGCCAGGGCAUCAAGAUCGAGCGGAUCAUUACAGAAAUCCUCCUCCAGGCCGGUGGUGUGCUGAAGGUCAUCUUGAUCAUAUCCAUCGAGAUGCUCGUCUUCCCCCUCUACUGCGGACUUCUCCUCGACAUGGCACUUCUGCCCCUCUUCAAGGAUGCAAACCUCUAUACGCGCUGGCAGUGGACGCGUGAGAGCCCUUGGACGUCAGGGUUCGUACAUUGGUUCAUUGGCACGUGCUACAUGUUCCAUUUUGCCCUGUUCGUCUCCAUGUGUCGCAAGAUUAUGCGGCGGGGCGUCCUCUACUUCAUCCGUGACCCUGAUGACCCGCAAUUCCACCCCGUGCGCGAUGUGCUCGAGCGCAGCGUCACCACUCAGCUUCGGAAGAUUGCUUUCAGCGCUUUGGUGUACGGAGCACUGGUCAUCGUCUGCCUCGGCGGCGUGGUAUGGAGCCUCGAUCAACUCACUUCCGGUGUUCUCCCUAUUCAUUGGGUUUCCCAUGCGCCGUCGCUGGAGCUUCCGCUUGACCUCCUUUUCUACAACUUCCUCACUCCCGUCAUCAUCAAGCUGUACAAGCCAAGUGAUGCACUGCAAACGAUCUCGGGGUGGUGGUUCAAGCUCUGCGCACGCUUUCUCCGACUCUCCAACUUCCUCUUCGGCGAGAAAGCCACCAGCCAAGAGGGCCGCACCGUCAACGGCGAAUUCGUCUUCGAAGGCCGCUACGUCCGCGCGCCUGCUUCGGACCAAGCCCGCAUCCCCAAAGGCGACCCCGUCUUCGUCGAAGUGGACGAGCACAACGUACGCAAAGACGGCCUCCAAGACACCGGCGGUGUGCACAACUCGACGCUCGUCGCCAAAGUCUACAUCCCCCCGUGGUUUCGCGUCCGCAUCGCCAUCUUCGUCUUCACCAUCUGGAUCUUCGCCGCCGUAGCCGGCGUCAGCGCAACCAUUAUCCCCCUCCUCUUCGGCCGCUACCUCUUCUCCCUCCUGCUCCCCGCCUCCGUCGAAAUGAACGACAUCCAUUCCUUCUCCCUCGGUCUCUACUCCCUUGGCUCCCUCGGUUACACCACAUACCACCUCCACGCCUUCCUCACCGCCAUCGACCGUCCCGCCGCGGCCGCCCUUGCCACCCUCGCGGCCUCCGCCUCCCGCGCUGCCGUCCGCGCCGCCCGCUUCACAUACGUAUGGGCGUCCCUCGUCCUCUUCAUCCCCUUCCUCUUCGCCGUGCUCAUCGAGUUCUACGGGCUCAUCCCGCUGCACGCGUAUCUGGGCCCCGCGGACCCGCACGUUGUGCAUCUCAUCCAGGACUGGACGCUGGGCUUCUUGUACGCGCGGCUGGUCGCGCGGCUGGCGUUUGCGGAUCGCAGCAGCAGGCCUGCACGCGCGUUUGCGGCGGUGAUUCGCGACGGGUAUCUGGAGCCCGAUGCGCGCAUCGCGACGCGCGUGUUUGUGCUACCUGCGCUCGCGCUGUUUGCGGUGAGCAUCGUUGUCCCGAGUGCGGUCGCGCUGGCGCUGAAUUACACGGUGCUACUUGCUGCGGAACAGCAGACAAGGAAGAUGGUGUGGCGGUUCGUGUUCCCGUGUCUGGGCUUGGCAGUCGGGUUUGUGUGGGCGGGGAAAGAGGGGCUGGAUGUGGUGAGGAGGUGGAGGGGCGUUGUGCGGGACGAGGUGUAUCUUGUGGGCGAACGGCUGCAUAAUUUUGGGGAGAGGAGGAGGGCGGUCCAUGUGCCGCUCGAGGGGCAGGAGUUGCUCGGUGGGAACAUAUAGGAAUUCGAGGCGCUGGGUUGGGGCUCGGGAUUUGAGUAGGGAGUAGGCGUUGGUGGCGGAUUGGGUUUUUACACGGGGCUUUCUCUUGUAGAUUGUUGAUGGACUGGCCUUGGGCUGGAGCUAAUUACGGCAUUGUAGUGAAUGGGCCGUACCUGGAUAGCUGAAUGAAGAC